ACUCGAUAAAUACUCCCGUUUCGUUUCCCCUUUUAUCCAAAACCCAUCCCAUAAACCCUAACUCAGAGUUCUUCUCCACCCACAUUCAUGGCCGCCACUAUCGCCCGAUCGAUCCUCACCAGCCGGUCAGCCGCCGCCUUUCUCCCCAAACGCCUGCAUUUUUCCACCGUCUCCGGUCUCCCGCCCCUCCCCGGCUUUGGCCGCGUCCGAAUUUCCGCUCUUCGCGCAGCUGCACCCGCCAUAUCCCAUUCGAUUCGCGUGCUUUCUCCCGCCAGAGCCAACACGGUCCGAUGCCGAGUCAACCGAUCUGGCUCCUCAUACUCGCCUUUGAACUCCGGUUCGAACUUCAACGACCGCCCGCCCACGGAGAUGGCGCCGCUCUUCCCUGGCUGUGACUAUGAGCACUGGCUUAUUGUGAUGGAUAAGCCCGGCGGUGAAGGCGCUACCAAACAGCAGAUGAUUGAUUGCUACAUUCAAACCCUAGCUAAAGUACUUGGAAGUGAGGAGGAGGCUAAGAAAAAGAUUUAUAACGUGUCAUGUGAGAGGUACUUUGGGUUUGGAUGUGAAAUUGAUGAGGAAACCUCCAACAAGCUCGAAGGUUUGCCUGGUGUUCUAUUCGUUCUCCCCGACUCUUAUGUUGAUGCUGAAAACAAGGACUAUGGAGCUGAGCUAUUUGUUAACGGAGAGAUAGUUCAACGGUCUCCAGAGAGGCAGAGGAGAGUGGAGCCUGUGCCUCAGAGAGCUCAAGACAGACCAAGAUACAAUGACAGAACACGUUACGUCAGGCGCCGUGACAAUAUGAGGUGAAGAAUGAGUGUCUCUUUGACAGGAGAUCCGACCAUGUGAGAUUUGGAUGAAGGCUCUACUAUGCUAAUAACUUGUAUAAAGUUGGAUCUGUCAUUAUUCCAAUGGAUUUGGUGCUUGGUUUCUGAUAAUUUGGAUUUUAUCCUCAUAUGUAGUUUGAAAAAGUAGUCUAAAAAUGUGUGAAGUUAUCUGCUGCUUAUCAAAUUUCGGUGUUUGUUUGAA